CCACGACGCAAGCGCAACGCACAAAAGCACAUCCAUGGCUGCCACCAUGAAGCUCUCGCUCACCUUCGUCCUCCUCCUCUCUGCGCUCGUGGUGUUCGGGGACGUGGGUGACGCCGCGCCGACCUGCGACAUCAUCCGGUGCAUCCAGGGAGGGAACAUCACCUGUGCCAACCGCCCCGGCAAGGUGUUCGAAGGGUGCGCCUGCGUCUGCGCGCCAGAGGAUGGCAAGGGCUGCGUGCUCCACCUCGACGACGGCACUAGUCAGAAGUGCCCCAAGACGAGUGGCUGA